UAGUUAGCUGUAUCGGUACCAGUUAACUGUCUUUAAGUUAAAUUACCCUUUGUUGUAAGAAAUGUCUCGAGUUCACGCAGAAAGCGUGAUUAAAAGCAUUAUCCGUCGGAUAGUGCAGGAGUGCGCAGAGAGAGGACAGGCGGUGUCCGACACUUUGGUGGCGUUCAUGGCGAAAGCUGUUGUGCUGGACCCAAGAAAUGGCUUUCAUGUUGAUCGAACAUUGACCAAACAAGACAUCCAGAACCUUGAAGAGCUGUGCCUGGAUAAACUGAUGGCAAAGUGCAGCCCAUCCCUUGACACAAUCAAAAUGCAAGUGUAUUUUGACAUGAAUUACACCUCCAGACGUGAGUUUUUUGAGGAAAUCCACCAGGUGGUGGAGUCCAGGCUGAGUGCAGUGAGCAGAGAGAUCACUGACAGCAGAGUGAAGACACGGGAGGAAUUAGACGCUCUGUACCGUAAAAUCAUCACCUAUAUCCAGCUGCGCUCUGGCAUGGGCUCACCGACAGAUGUCACCAGUGUGCAAGAGGCUGCAGCUGCUCUGCAGAGCGUCUUCCCUCAGACUGAACUGGGAACCUUCAUGGUGCUCUUAAAGAGGGACAAAGAGCAGCAGCUUAGAGAGCUCACCAUGACUGUCACAGGGAUCCAACUCUUCAACAAAGCCAGCAAGAAGGGAGCCAAGGAGACUGACAUCCAAGAACUAAUGCCUGCAAUUCUUAGUGAAACUCUUCCAGUCACCAGUAAGAGGUUAGAAAAAGAGCUGAGCGUGUCACAGACUUUGGCGUGGAAAUACACAGCAGUGCUGGAGAAGCUAACAAAGCCUGACAGUCAGCCUGGAGACCAUGAUGUGCCCAUUGUCCUGCUCAGGCAGGCUCUGUACAAUGUCAGGCAGCAUGAAGUGUUCCUGAAAAUGUUACUGGCUGAUGCAUGUUUAUGUGCCAAGCAUGUUGAAAUCCUGCAGGAUGAGUUCUCAUCUCAGAUAAAGCUGCUGAAACAAACUGUGCAGUCAAAGACAGCUGUGCACACUGCACAAGUUUUUCCACUGUUCAAGUCCCUGUCAAAGGUGUGGUGUGGACUUCAGGAUGAGGCUGAGCUGCUCAACAUCCUCAGUAACAUCAUGCACAACCUGCAGCCUUUCAUUGCCUCUCAGGCCGAGCUUUUUUCGGAGGCUUAUUUGGACGGUCUGGUGGAUACGUCUGAGGUGAAGACAGACCAACAGAGAAUGACUGAAUCGUCAGAUGAGCAUAUUAUUCCAGCUGAGAUGAAGAGGCAGGAAUGGCUCCUGCCUGAAACAACAGCCAGUUUUAAUGAGCUGCCACUACAGUAUGAUGGAGUCUGUGGCUACACGCUUGUGAACAGAGAUGGGCUUCUACUUCCAGGUAAUCCACACAUUGGAGUCCUCAAACAUGAGGAGAAGCUCUAUGUUUUUAGUUCCAAAGAAGCUGCGUUAAAAUUUGCCUCCAGUCCAGACGACUUCAUUGCAGAGGUGGCAGAGAAAGCCAAGCAUUCCCCUGAGCUCAUCCAGCUCCUCAAACUCCACCAGCAGUUUUCCUGCGUCAGUCCUUACCCAGAGAUGCAGCCAGGAGAGAGUUUAUUGGUAAAACCCAUCACCAAGUGUGAGGGCGGCACACAGACAGACCUUCACCCAGUGGAGACAAACAUCGUCAAGUCAUAUGAGUGGAAUGAGUGGGAGCUGCGGAGAAAAGCCAUCAAACUGGCAGAUCUGCGGACCAAAGUGACACACUCAGUGCAGACUGACCUCAGCCACAUGAGACGGGAAAACGUCACUCAGACCUGGCUGCCCAAGAACGCUGCCUGUCAAAGCAAAAGAGCCAGUGAGAGCAACGUGCCCAAACCUCAGACCUACCUGGCUGGUCUGAGGGGACAAAGAGACGGACACGUGGUCAAAACAAACCUGACCAGGUCUGUGGAUGAAAAAUGAAGGUGUCCAAACAACAGUUAAUGCAAGUACAUUGUUGUCUUUAUUCAUCUUGGUCCUGUGUUACUUGACGAGGACAGGAGGAGUCUGCACACAAGGACAAAAGCAGGGCCAGAUAAAGUAGCAGUUUCAAGUGUUCCUCACAUGCAUUUAUUGAAUUGUAUGCAUUAUGUAUGUAAAGCUAUGGCUUUCAGAGCUUUUCAAAAUGGCUGAUUUAAAUGCAAGCACAUUAAUAGGUUAGUAAGCUGUUCAGGCUGGAACGUAAGACAAGCACAACCCCCAUAACCUAGUCAAAAAUCCUGUACAAGUUUGGCCCAAUGCAUUAUGGUUAGAAACACUGAAUGUAAACAUUGUUUACAAGAAAACUUCAAGGUAACAUUAGGAAGACCACUGCAUGUUGUGAUGAAUUCAUGAAGAAAACUGUUUUUCAUGCCUCCAUGGUGAACAGAGAAUCCGAAAAUAGCAAUGAACAGUGGUUACCGGCGAUCACAUUUAGCCUAAUAACAGCAAAACUAUAUCAAAACAUCUGUUUCCAAACUCUCACACAACUCGUGUAGAAUAAUCCUUGUCACAUUUAUCAAGUCAUAGCUCAGUACUUCCCAAACACAUGCCUUUUCACUAAAAUGCCUGAGAGUAGCGUACCCUGGGCGUGCCUGAGCACUAGCAUGCAUAUGAGCUCUGCUUGAGCAAAUUUCAAACGACACACAUGCCUAGGCACAUUACUUGGCUGCGCAUGAGACUGUUUGCACUGAUGUGUUUUAAAUAGUUAAGGUGUGAAAAUGCACAAGUUUGGGAAGUCCCAAGUCUGAGUUUACAACUGAAUAAAUGAGACUUAUUAUUAUACUGCACAAGUUGUGUGAGGGUUUGUAAACAGACAUGUCCUCCAUUUACUUCAAUCCAUGAAGAACGUUUGCCUUUUUUGGAUUCUCUGUCAACAUGGAGGCAUGCGAGAAAAACAAUAUCUUCAUGAAUCAUUUCCUAAAUAAAUUAUUGUGUCCAAAUGGACAUUCUCACUAUUUUUACUGAAAAUGAGUGGUGCUAACAAGGCUCGGAGCUAACAAGCAACAGCCUGGUCAUUCUGUUUCCAUUAAGCAAGUAGAGAUACAGAGGUAUCUGCUGAUGUACCACCAGACUAGAUAGUAGCAUCUUUCCUCAGGCUGUAAGACUCCUCAACUCCUCCCCUGUACUCCAUCAUAAAACAUAGUUUUAACAUCCAACAUGUUCUGUUUAUUUCUUGUGUAGCAUAAAGGGAAUACAUCUCCCAUAUCUGUGCGCAACCCUGCUAUGUAGAAUGACAGAAAAUGAACCUUGUAAAUUAGGCUCUAAGGUCUUGAUGACAUCAUCAGGGUUAUUUUGUCAGAAUUCACGAAGCUCCAUUUCACAAAGUUUUCAGAUUUUUUUCUUUUUUUAAUUAAUCUUUUUUCCCCUAAUUUCUCCUUGAGUGUUGUAUAGUUGUAUGGUUUUAUCUCCUUGCUGUCUUUGUAUCUGCUCCUGAAUUGUAAAGCACUUGCACUGCAUUCUGCAGCUAUAUAAAUAAAAGUUCAUUCAUUCAUUACUCCA